CAUCUCUUUUGCACAACUUUUCUCAGCAUCUAGUGUUUGGUGCAGAAUACGUUUGUUCGCUAGUAUAAAUUGGUUAUUUAAAUAGAAUUUUUUGUCUAUAAUACGCCCUAUAUAACCAAAAAAUUGUUUUCUUUUAGUAGUCAAGUGAAUAUUAAUUUAUACAUGUCCAUACAGUUCAAUUUAUUUAACGCGACGCAUCAUUGGCUUCCCGUAAAAGUGUUUUAGAAGUGUAUCAUUUCCUGUUUCAUAUCAUACAGAAACAAGCAACUGCGAUCGCUAGCGUAUUCUUUUCGUUAUCACGUGUGCGGCGAGCGGCUCCCCGCCGUAUAUUUGGUACAUGGAACCGGCGGGAGACUGAUAAUGGUUGCCACGAAUUGUGUUGCAGUGGUUACAGUGUUGUGAAGUAGUGUUGAGUGUUGUUACAUAAGGGGAAGAUGGUUAAUUUAGAGAGCCCGCCCUGACGCGCCUAGCGGCGUCAGCGACGGGCGGCGCCCGGGUCAUGGCCCCGGCGCUCUCCGUCGCUUCCCAAGAUCCUUUCGACGCGAUCGAAACCUUCGAGAAACCUCCUAGACGGGCGCUAGCGUCCGUCAACAACCUCGCAACACACAUGGAGGAAGAAAUGGGCCUCCAAAACCAGCCUAGCCUCGCUAAGGACUCACAAGAGAUGGAACAAAUUCUGGUCGACUUGGGCAGUAGUGAUAUCGCUCAGGCAGACCUUCUUCAAGCUAUCAAGACCUUAGAAUCCGGCGGCGAUGCAUUAUCCACGGGUGAAACUGAUGCCAUUUUUCCGUUAUCUGGCUUUGAUUUGACUGAAAAUGCUGAUUCGGAAGGAGACGCUGCCGAGGAUAAAAUUAAACUGCUUCAAGUGAGGUUAGAAAGACGUUGCGCGUUUUUACAGCGGCGAUUACGAAUACUCCAGGCUAGAGCUAUAGGCAAAAGAGUAUCUGAGGAAGUGGCUCAGACAUUUGAAAAGUCCACUCGAGGAGCCAGGAAAGAUGGUGGAGGAAGACCAAUGGGCUUAAAAGCUUUCUUGAAGAAGAUUGAGACCAGUGCUACAUUACAAGCUAGUGCUGCAUCUAGGACGCUUGUUGGGCCUAAAUAUUACCGUGCUAGUACAUCUAAAGGGGAUGCAUCCAGGUCUGCAUCAAUUGGUAUAUCAUCAGGGACAUUGGCUGGCUUGGAAGAUACAGCAGGGGCAUUGCGGUCCAACUUGUCAAUGGUCAAAGUUCAACUGGACUCGGAUGCCACAGCAUCAUCCUCUGGAGCAGAAAGCAAUGAUGAGGCUGUCAAUUAUAAUAAUCCACAUCAGGAGAAAAUGCCAAUUGAGAAGCGAGCUCUGUGGUCAUGGCAGAAGACAAGAGCAUCGAUAGCGGCGCGCUGGUGCUGGCUGCAGGCGCAGGUCCAGGAGUUGGAAUACAAGAUACGGCAGCACAAUGAAUUACACAAGCAGGUUCGAGAAGCAAAAGGCGCCGUGCAGUUAGAAGGUGAGCCUGUGGGAUACGAGGGGUCUUUACCCGGAGAUGACGGGGUAGCGACGUGCGCCAGGGUACGGCCCCUGAGGAGGGACACGUUCAAGAAGAGAAAGUUGCUGCAAAUGCACAACUUGCAUAUCGCCACCCCUAAGGCUGCUAAACCUUCGGAUGUAAAAUGCAGCUGCCGCUACCCUGCGGAGAGCUGCGCGGUGUGCACCGGCCGCGCGGAGCCCACGCAGCCGCGCUGCUGGGCCGCGCUCUCCGCGCAGCAGCGGGUCGCCUUGCUGGACCCCGGGUACCAUCCCGUGCUCAGCGACGUCAGAGAUAUAUCUCCUGCGAUCCACAUGAGCGCUUUGACAUCGCGCGCGUGGUUCCGGUCGCGGUGCAGCAAGGCGUACCGCGGCGCGCACCACGCCGGCACGCCGCGCCCGCAACAUCCGCAACAUCCGCAACAUCCGCAACACGUGCAACAUAUGCAACACUACACCACAACUACCACCAGCCCGCACAACAACACCGUCAAGAAACAUCCCACAAGAUUGAAGCGAGGCAGACCUCCAUUGUCGAGAAAAAUUAAAGAGAGGGAAAGAGAGGAAGAGAAUUCCACUUCUGGGAAAGAGAGAAGUCGCGGGCGCUGCAGCACGGAGUCGCGCGCGCGCCGCCCCUCCUACGACAUCGACAACAUCGUCAUACCGCAGAGUGUGGCCGCCGCCACGCGCCCGCAGAUACUCACCUACAAGGAGAUCAUCACGCCCAAAUGGAGAGUUCUCGAACUGCCGGAAGUGCCGCUAAAUAAUGGCAUUAACAAGUCGAGUCGAAAGUCUGUUGAUAGUGAGGAGGAAGAUAUAUCCGAGGCGGCGAUGGUAGCGCGCCACUCGCGAGCAGAGGUCAGCGAGCGUAGCCGUUAUAUGCGGAAACAGCGCUCGCGGCGAUCCUGUCAUGAGGACACCCAAGCACAUCUACUGCCGCAGUCGCAGGCGAUGUCCCAGACAAUGCCCCAGACGGUGCCCCAGUCAAUGCCCCAAACGCUGCCUCAGACAACGCCCCAGACGAUGACCCACGCGCAGCCCCAGCAGCUCGAGCCAGCGCCGUCGCCGCAAAUGCAUGAGACAGUGAGACCAUACUCGCCGCGUCGGUUCCCACUGUCCGAAGACACUUACCAGGCGAUGGUAUCCAGCAUGCCGCGCGCGCGCACCCCGCACACGCCGCACACCCCACACACCCCGCACAACCCCCACACCCCACACACUCCGCACACACCCCACACCCCGCACACCUCCUCCGAGGACAUGGACGUCGAGAGCAGCCUCUCCCCCAUGUCUCCUCUCAUCUUUGACGGUGACGACCCUGAUGAUGCGGAGUGGAACCCCACCUCCGAGCGAGGGGAACGACGGAAAAGUGGCUUCAGAUGAAGAUAGUGUUUAAAUUCAGUGUUUAGUGAAUGUGAUGGUUAAAUUUAAAUAGUGUUUAUUGUUGAUGUUCCCGCUCUGAAAGUUAUCGCAGUUUGUUUUACAUGGAAUCUAUAAGUCCUCGGUAAGUCCAAGAUCCAAUAUUUAAUGUCUUGCUUCUUGAUUUGGACUCAAUAUAAAGGAAUAUAAUGAUAUUCCUUUGAGAUUUGUGAUAUAGAGUUUCUACUGUAUUUGCCUGUGAUCUCUAUCCCUUCAGUUUUAAUUGAAAUGUAAGGUUAGUAGAUUUAAAUGUAUAGAUUGGUUCUGAUAAAAUGUUUUGCCAUCAGAAUGCAAGUUUAGUUAAAGAUAAUUUCAAAACUGCGUGAUUUAAAAUCAUCAAAACGUCAUUUCUUUGUAGCAGCUAUACUUCUCUUUUAUAUAUAACUUUCAUAUAUUAAUUUAUAUGAUAAAUGUAUUAAAAAGUAUGGAAAUAAUUUACUAUACAAAUUAUAAAGAAACAAUUGUGAAAACUAUAUGAAUUUUCGACAAUUUCUGUGUAAUAUGUAAGAAAUGAAUGUUUGCAUUGUUAUUUUUUUCUAUUUGAGACAAUUUUUCUCGAAUAUACCAGUGAUAAAGUAAAUAUUAUAAUAUAAAAAAUAUAUAAAAAAACGAAGUUAAGAAUUUGAUGUCUAAUUCCAGUUGCUUUAGAUAUAAAUCUAUGACAAAAGUUUCAACAUAAAAAUGUCUUGUCACAGCUAAAA